AUGAUUGACGCACGUGCUUCCCCGGCUACUCAGGCUCAACAAACUGCUGUACCAUCAUCAGCAAACCUCGAGAUCAACACAGAUGAAAUAAUGCAGUGGAUUAUUGAUUUGCGGGAUCCAACAAAACGAGAGCUGGCUCUUCUUGAACUCAGCAAAAAACGAGACAGUGUUCCUGAUCUCCCACUUUGGCUUUGGCAUUCAUUCGGAACAAUGUCAGCUCUUCUUCAGGAGGUUGUCGCUAUUUAUCCAGCUAUAAUGCCAGCCAAUUUGACUGCUGCUCAAUCGAACCGUGUCUGCAACGCUCUUGCAUUGAUGCAAUGUGUUGCCUCUCAUCGAGAAACACGUGGGCCGUUCCUUCAUGCACAUAUUCCAUUAUACCUCUAUCCGUUCCUUCAUACUACCAAGAUCUCACGCUCUUUUGAGUACCUUCGUCUUACUUCUCUCGGCGUUAUUGGUGCACUUGUAAAAACCGAUGACAAGGAGCAACUACUUGUGGUCAUCAAUUUCUUGCUCUCCACCGAAAUCAUUCCUCUCUGUCUUCGCAUAAUGGAGCAAGGAACAGAAUUGUCUAAAACUGUUGCUACCUUCAUUCUUCAAAAAAUUCUUCUGGACGACACUGGUCUUUUGUACAUUUGUCAGACGUAUGAACGUUUCAGUCACGUUGCCAUGAUUCUCGGGAAAAUGGUAAUGAAAUUGACUCGUGAACCCUCAGUUCGAUUGCUUAAGCACGUCGUCAGAUGCUACAGUCGUUUGAGUGAUAACCCAAGCUUAACUCUUGACGCUCGCGUUGCACAGGGAGGUGCUGGGCAGAAUGUAAAAGUACGCGCUCAACAAGCUCUCAAGCAAUGCCUUCCGGAUCAAUUGAAAGACUUGACAUUCAAAACACUUCUGAAAGAAGAUCCAAGUACAAUGAACUGGUUGAGACAGUUGCUCACCAACCUGGAAAUUGACGGUGCAAUUCUCCAUGACGAAGAGCUGCUCCCAAAAUGA